GUUGGGGUGUUGACAGAAACAGCGUCGUGCCUGUAUGUACGUAGAAGGAGCUAGAGGGUAGAAAGGGAGAGCAAUCGGGUGAGUCAGGCAGAUGGGUAGAUAGAGAGAUACAUAGUAGAAGUAGCCAUAGACAGAUUGAUAAAUACAUACAUACUCUGGCACACAUGUAUACAGAUACGCAGACAGACAACAGACAGACCGACAGAUAGGCAGACAAACAACAGACAGACCGACAUACAUACAUACAUACAUACAUACAUACAUACAUACAUACAUACAAACAAACAAACAUACAUACGCGCACGCACACACACACACACACACACACACACACACACACACACACACACACACACACACACACACACAGAGAUGGGGAGAGUAAUGACUACUAGUAGACCGAUAGCUAGAUCGCUGAGCGCGACAGUGAUGUCAGGGGCAGCGUCGGUGGGGCUGCUAUCGAAUUUGUUCUCGCAGCAGUGCGAUAGUCAAGGGAAUCACGUGGAUGUGCUGUUCGGGUCACCAGAGUUCUGGGUGUACUGCGCAAUAUGUACGCUCCUGGUAGUUUUUGCAGGGUUGAUGUCAGGGUUGACAUUGGGCUUAAUGUCUCUGGAUCUGGUCGAUUUGGAGGUGCUGAAGCAGAGCGGAACGCCUCAGGAACAGGCUCAAGCAGCCGUCAUGGACCAGAGGUCCGGAGAAGCAGACGAGGCCUAUCAGGCCCGGAUGCUGGCUUGGAGUACCGAAACGAAGAAACGGGCAGAUGACGCAGCAGCAGCAGCGAAGACGAAGGCAGAGGAUGCCGAGCAGGCACGUAUGCUGGCACUUGAACAACAGCGCCAGCAUGACGAGGCAGCAGCAAGGGCUGCCGAUGAAGAAAGAAACCAACGUCGUGAGAAGAUAUUUAGCGGAGAGCAGACUUUGCUCACAACGGCAGCGGCAUGGCGGACCGAGGCCGAGAAUGGCAAGUUGGAGGAUUGCGAAAACAAGAUCGCUCUCGUCCUCUUGCAUCUCACAGACCUCCUGGCUACAUGCAUUACGCAGCAGGAGGAUAUCCACAGCCUCGACGACUCGCUAGCUCAAGUCCAAGGCGGCCUUCAACAGCUGGAGCAGCAACCAGUCGCCGCCGCCAAUGCAAGCUCUUCCAAUACCUCCGAUCGCCUCGACGCAUUGGAGAUGGACGUCCGCUCCCUCAAGGAUGGCGUGCAGUCACAACAGACCGCAACGCAACAGUUGGAACAACGGAUCUGUACCGCAGCCAACACCUCGAGUCCGGAACCGCGCGAGACAACUCCAAAGUUCGACGGGCAGGAAAUCUUUUGCGACUCGACAAAGACAGAUCCGAUUCCAUGGUUCCGCAAGUUCGAGCUCACGCUGCAGCUACACAACGUCAAAGAACACAAGCACCACGCAUACUUGUACUCUCGCUCAGGGGGCGCGUGCCAGGCUUGGUUGGACAACCUCUUGUCCAAGUACGGAGUGGUAGCUGCCGACUUGCACACCGAGAUCGGUUGGGAUGAUCUGAAGGCGGUGUGGCACAGGCGGUUCCAAGUUGAGCCGCCCGAGAUCAAGGCUAUGGACAAGCUCAUGGUCUUCGAGCAAGGCACGCUGCCGAGUACCGACUGGAUCGCCGAGUACCAAUGCUUGACGUCAGUCCCAGACAUCCAAAUGGGCUUCAAGGCCAUCGGCCAUUACUUCAUGUCAAGGUCCUGUCUGACAUUAAGCAAUGCCCUGACUCACGUCAAGGACACUUUGACGAUGACGGCGGAACUUUUUGACAAGGCCACGCAGAUCAUCAUUACGAACAAGGAGGCUAAGAACCUCCGUUCGUCUGCGUCAGGCCCGAGCAGGGACCAACAUCGGCCAAGAGUGGCUGUGGUCGCAGCGGCAACGCCCGGCGACAUGUCGUUUUCAAGUGGUUCUUCACGGGAAUCAACGCGCGAGUUCAACAUAGAGGUAUUGGAGCCGCUCACGUCCGAGGACUUUGCAUGGCUUCCUUUCCCGACCACGGGACGCUUGAUGGGACCACAAUGCGCAGCACUAUGCGCUCAUCUACACACUUACUUAUCCUUCUAUGCACCACCAACUUCGCCGACGGAUGACGAAGUCGCAGUGGGGGACAUCCUGGCGUAUACUACCAAGGUGGCCCCCGAGUUUCGCACGCAGCGGUACGAUGACAACAACGCACCGCUCAUGUAUGUCCGCAUCCAAGUUGGGCAAGCGUCCUGCAGCGCUUUGCUGGAUAGCGGCGCGUCUCGCAAUUUCAUGAGCCAAUCCUUUAUGCAAAGGGCUGGCCUUGGCGCACAAGUUCGGAGGAAGGCAAACCCGACGGCGAUCAAGUUGGUGGAUGGAAAGACGCAGCAACUUCUCGACCGUUACAUCGAGGCCGUACCGGUUUAUUUCGCACCUCAUGCAUGCGAACCGGUGACAUUCGAUAUUCUGGACACGGACUUCGACAUCAUUCUGGGAAUGCCUUGGCUUGCAAGUGCAGAUCACACGGUCAACUUCCACCGGCGGACUCUUAGCGUUCGUGACGCCUUUGGCGCGGAAGUGGCGUGUACUAUUCCUCUAACGCACCCUUCGAUUCGGUGCCAAGUGGUGACGGCCAAAUCAUUCAGGGCGACUUGCGCUUACGAGCAGCCCGAGGAGAUCGGCCUAUGUUUCCUACGGACCGUCGCGGUAGCGGACGCUUCACCCACGAACUUGUCUUCUGACCCCUGGGUGGUGCGGUUGCUGGACGAGUUCGCUGACAUCUUCGAGUCACCUACCGGUGUGGUGCCGGACUGGCCGAUCUCUCACGAGAUCAUUCUUGAGGCCGGUGUCGUGCCGCCGAAAGGUUGCAUCUAUCGCAUGAGCGUGGAGGAGCUUGAGGUCCUUCGCGCACAACUCGACGAUUUGUUUGCCAAGGGCUGGAUCCGCCCUAGCAGCUCCCCAUAUGSAGCACCGGUUCUCUUCGUCCAGAAGAAGAAGAUCCAGAUGAUGUCUGAAGCUCACACGAUACUGCAUUCUCGGUUUGGGAGGGCGUCCUCUGCCGGAUGGUCGAGGAACAGGCAUCACUCGGUGCUCGACAAUCUGGUCAAUGUCCACUUCGCCAUCCAUGGGCCCACUCGAGGUGGUACUGCCACCCAGCCAUACACGAAGGAGGAGGAGGAGAAGAUGGUCGCUAUCCUGCAGGAGAGAAAGGAGAAGGAGGCCAAGAAGAAGGCCUUGAAGGAGGAGCAGGCGGCCAAGUUGAAGAAAAUUGAGGAAGAGAUGGCCAAGGAGAAAGAAAGAUUGAAAAAGGAAGAAGAGGAGAAAAUGAAAGAGGUGGAUGAGGAAGAGGAAGGACCGCCACUGCAAAAGAGUGGGCAGCACAGUGGCAGCAGCAGUGAUGAGAUGGAGAAGAAGAUUUCGGAAUGGGUCGCCAACUUGUCCUUGGGUGAAGAGGAAGAGGUUGCUAUGUACAUCCCCAAGGAUGAGCAAGAAGCCGCCAUGAAAAAAUGGGAAGCAGAGGCAGAUGUUCUGACGCRGCGGRCGAUGGAGGAYGAACAGAGGAUGGYSUGGARGCUCGYAGUGAUGAGGGAGAAGAAGAGAAGAGUGGAGGCGGCGAAUGCAGCAAUGCAAGAACUAGCGGAGGUGAGGACUGCCUUAACAACGCAAUUGGCUCCGCAAGUAGAUCUCCAACGUAAGGUGGAGAUCAUCGCCCAGAGUGUUGAGCGGUUAGCUAAAGUGCAAGAAAAGCACUAUGAGUUUAGCCGCAGUCAGGAGAUAUCUGUGCGUUCGAUGCGAACGGGCUUACGGGACUUUGCUCUCGAGUUAGUAGGCGCUGUGGGGUCCGAGGUGACUCACCGCCUCGAGAAGACUGAGCGUUUUUGCGUCGGCGCCAUUGAGGGCGUCAAGGUGGCAGCUCCCAAGGAGGAGGAGGCUCGUCCUCGCAGGGAGCCGGUCAAGGUCAAAUUCCCCGAUUCCUACAGUGGAAAAAGGGAAGAGAACUUUGACAAUUGGGAGGCUAACGUUAAGACUUAUGUCCACCUUCAACAGGUCUCCCCGGAUCAGCAGGUCCUAAUUGCGAUCCACGCGCUUAGAGAUGAGGCCGCCAGCUUUGCAAGGUCCCUAGUUCGCGCUGCCGACUGUAGCGACGAUCCAGUUGCGUACUCCUCGUUCACGUCCCUCACUGAGUUCCUGAAGCUGCUGCGCGAGCGAUUUGCUGAUGUUGCCCGUAGUGUCAAAGCCUCAGAUAGGCUUCAGAGAAUACACUCGCGCCAAUGGAAGAGUGCAAGGGCACUCAAAGACACAAUGGAUGAGUUAGUGGCUGUUCCUGACCACAAGGUCACAGAGACCCAGUUGGUCAACCUUUUCUACCGGGCUAUGCCCGAAGCGCUGCGUGGUCACUUCUUUGACAAGAGUCAGGACCCUGCUAUGACUUGUGAUCGCUGUAUGAAUGAUUUGUUUAGGCCGUGGUUAGACAGAUUUGUCGUAGUUUACCUAGAUGACAUUCUUGUGUUUAGUAGGACCCUCGAAGAGCACCAGGGUCAUCUCAGGCAGGUCUUGGAGAAGCUGAGGGAAGCUAACUUCAAGAUCAAUGCAAAGAAGUGCGAUUGGGCGAAGACCCAUGUUUUGUAUUUAGGCCACGUCUUAGACGGAGACGGCGUUAAGCCAGAGGAUAGCAAGAUCGCAGCGAUUAGAGAUUGGCCCAAGCCACGUACGCUGACAGAGUUGUGCUCGUUCCUGGGCUUAGCUAAUUACUACAGGAAGUUCGUGAGGAACUUCUCCACCAUCGCUGCGCCCCUUCGCAGAUUGUUGAGGAAGGAGACCAUCUGGAAGUGGGAUAAGGACUGCACGUCUGCCAUGAAGAAGUUAAAGCAGGCAUUAAUAGAGUAUCCAGUCCUUAAAGUCGCCGAUCCGUCCUUGCCUUUUGUCGUCACGACCGAUGCGAGUCAAUACGGCAUAGGCGCGGUGUUACAACAAGACGAUGGCAAUGGGUAUAGACCCGUAGAGUUCAUGUCCGCUAGAAUGCCUUCAGAGAAGGUCGCGACAUCUACCUACGAGAGGGAACUCUACGCUCUCAGGGAAGCCUUAGACCACUGGAAGCACUACUUGCUUGGGAGGCACUUCAAAGUCUAUUCUGACCAUGAAACGUUACGAUGGUUAGAGACGCAGACCAAGAUGACACCUAAGCUACGAUGGUUAAAGACGCAGACCAAGAUGACACCUAAGCUUACUAGGUGGGCCGCAGAGAUAGAUCAGUACGACUUUGAACUCAAGCCUGUCAAAGGGAAGUACAACGUAGUCGCGGAUGCUCUGAGUAGAAGAGCUGAUUAUUUUGGGGCAAUAGUACAUUACCUCGAUAUAGGGAAGGAUCUGCAGCAAAAGGUUAGAGAAGCCUACGCGCAGGACCCUAUCUAUGGUGAGCUCCUUAAGAAAGUCAAAGAGGCCCCAGAGACCGAGCUGAACUACCGCACUACUGAAGGGUUGCUUUUUGAGAAGACUAAUGUUUUUGACCAAUUGUGCAUCCCCAAUAGCGAAGAGAUCCGCAGUCUGAUCCUGGGAGAAUACCAUGACACGGAGGGUCAUUUUGGUUGGUAUGGGUGUAGCAAGAGGUUAAUGCCAGGCCAGUCGCUGAACCCGAUUCUCAGCAUAUGAGGACAGUGCAAAGGAUGGGUGGCUUUUGGGAACGGGCAGACAGACAGAAGGAGACCCCACUGGUGCCCCUCAGUGGCUCCUACCGGAAUCCUGGCCAGGCCAGUGGAUGGAAAGGGGGAUGGGGGCUACUAGCUUUUCUGGGACGCUGGAACCAGUUUCCAGCAUGGUUGGUUUUCAUUGUUUGUUUCAUGCUCAUGUGCUUCCUCAAACUUCUACUUACGCAUCUCACAAAGGACGCUGAUUCAACAGCCUKCGCAGUAAAUCCUCUGGAAACCAGAGUAAUCAAUGCUGGCAGGCGUU